AAUGGUUUUGAAAAAGUAGAAUCUAUACCGGUUCUAUUUCCCAUUGAUAUAUGCAUAUUCAAUUUGGAAGGUUCGAAAUAUGCCACAGCUUUACAUAUGAAAAGAAAUGGAGCAAGACAUUUUGAAGUUCUUAAAAUGAAUAAUGGUUCCUAUGAGUUAAUAGCUGAUAUACCCUCACCUAAUGGCAUCGCCAUGGACUGCAUUAAUUUCAACAACAAAGGUUAUGUAGCUAUUGCCUUAAAUCUUACAGAACCCGUUAAGUACGCCAAAGAAGGUUCGCCCAUUUAUGAGAUUGCUGGCAAUCGUUUAAGAGCUGUGCAAUAUUUUGCUGCCCCCAACCUAAUGUCCGUUUAUUUGCGCGCCAGCGGUAAUGAUUUCUUUCUUCUACACACAUAUUCCAACUCCCAGGAUACACCUAAUCUCCAUUGUCCCUAUUUCAAAUGGUCCGGCAGUACAUUCAACAAAUUGGGCCGUAUACCCUGUAGUAAUGCCCGACAACUGGCUCCCUUCUCUAUAGACUAUGAGAGUUAUGUUGCGGUAGCAAAUUAUGCCGAUCAAAGGGGUCGCACGUCUACAAAUUCUGAGAUUUAUAAAUAUUCAAAUGAUAAGAAAAAAUUUCUUUUAUUUCAAAAGAUUAAAACAAAUGGGGCGGUAGAUGUACAAUACUUUAAUGUGCCCAACAAUGAGGUGAGAAGGCAACAUUUUUUGGUAUUUGGUAAUUCAAUAAGUACGGCUUCGCUGGCGAAGAGGGAAAAGGCCAAAAGAGAGGGUAAAAACUUGGAGGCUGACUCGGUGUUUUAUUUAUUCGAUAAAGGACAAUUUAUACCAUAUCAAAAAUUAUCUUUAUAUGCAGUGAAGAAAUUUUUGCCCGUGCAGAAUGUGGAGGCCGAAAAGUUUAUACUAUUGGUGGCCUGCACAGAUCAAGAUAUUAAAAUUUAUAAUUUAAAUGAUUGGAAAUUUGAAGAAUCAAAAGUUCAAUUUACCGAGGGUGCCUUGGGCAAGGGUGUGUCAAAUAUGCGUAUUUAUCAGAAGAAUGAAAAGAGCUAUUUGAUUAUAGCCAAUGAGCUUAUGGCCGACAACGAAACUAAUAUAUUUUUGCCCAUUUUCAAACAAGAAGAGGAUGCCAAUGCCAUGAGGCAGCAGAUAAUUGAUUGGGCCAAAGUAGAAACACAACGUUUGGAGGCGGUAAAUAUAAAGGAUUUAAGAAAACGAGUAGAGGAAAAAUUACAAAGUUUAGAGCAAUUGAAAUAUGUACCAAAAAUACAGAACAUACAACAAGCUAAUAUUCAGACUGUCACCACGCAAUCGUUGGUUUAUCCAAAAUUAAAAAUGUCUAGCAAUUAUUGGACGGCAUUAAAUUAUGUCAAUCAAGCAUUGGAUACUUUGGAAAUACUGCUUAAACAAAAGCCACGUUUAAAACGUGAAACCGAUUUUUCAUCUAAUACUUAUGAAAAUUUGGAAUAUGUUUAUGAUACUUUAAAUGUAAAUACUUUAAAGAUCCAUAAAGAGCUAAAGGCAAAAAGGGUAAAUAGAGUGAAUACCCAAAAUCCCGAAUUUGAAAAUAUCAAAGCCCAAAAAGUAAUAGUUAGCGACAAAUAUAGCAAGUUCAACCCAGCAAGGGUUAAUCCCGCGGAAAGUUUAGAUUAUAGGGAAGAAGAUGAGCAAAUGACUAUAAGGAAUUUACAAAUUACUGGAAAAAUUAAUGAGUAUCAAUGGAGUGAUUUGCUAAACAAUACAUUGAAACGCAAACAGGAAAUACAAUUUCUAAAAGCUGCCGUACAAAUAGAGAAUUUAAAAACUGAUACAAUAGUGGUGAACGACGAUAAAGUUAAUGAGCAAAAUUUGGGUGCCCUUAUACCGGUUGAUAGGGGCAGAUUUGUUAUACAUCAAGAUAUACAAUUUGCUGCGCCCAUAACAGCUAAUAAAGUAGAAAUAUUUGACAGAUUAAAUAAUUUACAUGUAUUUAAUGGAGAAUUUGAUGUGCUAUUAAAAAAAUCCAAUAAAACUCAAGUGAUAGAAGGCAUGAAAAACGUCACCAAUAUUAAGGUGCUGGAACCCAUAACAAUAGCGGGUAAAAUGAUGGGUCGCCAGCUGGAAGCCAUUUCACCCAACAAAUUUAUACAUGAACCUUUAGUAUUGCAAGGCAACUUUAUGAUAAACGGUGAAGUUCAUAUAAAUCAUCAGCUAAAUACUUUAGAUCUUAUAGAUUUAAAAGAAAAAUUAUCCGCCAAACAGGUAUUAGACAUGGGUAUUCGUAUGGAUAAAAGCUUGAAAGAUGUUAAUCUCAAGUUUCUACAACCAUUGAAAGCUAAUAACUCAUUAGUAAGUUUUGUAAAUCAACAUGAUUUGCAAAGAUUAGUAAAACUUAAUCAAGAUGAUAUACAAAUAGUUGAAGGUACAAAAGUAUUUAAGGAAUCUUUAGAAAUUAGCAGAGGUUUUAGUGAAGUUAAAAAUCUCAAUGGGGUAGAUAUGGAGAAACUGGAAAGAAAUGCCUUUUUAAAAAAUAACAAUCAAACCAUAAGGGUACCAAUGAAAAUUGGUAAAAUUUCAGCAAAAAGCAUUGAAAGUCCUAUUAUACUUUUGAACAACAAAAAUCUCACCGAUUAUUUGACCAUAACUGGCAAUCAGUCUGUACAUGGCAGCUUAAUAGUUGAUAAUCUUAAAGCUCAUCGCUUAACGGUGGAACAUUUAAAUACCGAUGGCAAAAUAUUUAAUCAACAUUUGCAUGACAUCUAUCAACAAAAGUCACGCAAUGCUCCGCCAGAAGAUAUAUUCCAACAAAAUCGUAAAUUUCAUGGCUCCAUUUAUGUACAAAAUCUUAUACUAAAUACCACCAUCAAUAAUAAAUCAGUUGAACAAAUUGAAAAUCAACUGUUGCAAUUAGAGGGCAACAUUAAAUAUGUGGGUAAUUUCAAAUUUAAUUAUGCCAUGCAUAUUACCAACAUGACAUUUCAAGGCAAAUUAAAUGAUAUACAAGCCGAAGAAUUUGGUAAAUGUUGGCUGCAAAAAAAGGCCGACAAGCAAGUGUUCACAGCAGCCCAAACUUUUGCCGAUGUAAAUGCAGAAGAGGGUAUACAAUUACAGGGCAAAUUAAAUGGCUUCACCAUGGACGAUUUUUACACAAAAACUUAUUGGCUAAAUAGAGAUGAAUAUCUACAAACUGUAAAUUUUGAAAAUCCCAUUGAAAUAUCCGGAUUUUUAACUACCCAAACACUUAAUGGCUACAUGGUGCCCCAGGAUAUGCUCUAUAAAGAUUCUAAACAAACACCCAUUAUCCUCAACUCACUGACUGUGGAUGAAAAUGUCUUAGUUCAAGGCAAUAUUCUCAAUCUAACCUCUAUUAAUGACAUAAAUCUUUGUGAAUUACAUGAAUUUUUGGAUGGCUCUAGAGGUGAAACUUUAUAUGUGGAUCAUGCUUAUUUUUCACAAGCUGCACCUUUGUAUAAAACUUUAAAUAGUCAUUAUAUAAGAAAAACUUUAGAUUCAGUUUGGUUGGCUAAUGAGAAUGUUGUACUGCCACAUCAUGUUGAAAUGGCUGAUGCUUAUUUUGAGGGUCUAUUGGAAUUUGAGGGUCCCAUAAACAACAUGAAUUUGGAUUACUUAAAAGAAAAUUACUUUAGUAAAACUGAACCUCAAGAAGUUUCUGUUGAGAUGGUAUUUUCUGGAGGUGCCGAAUGCGAAAAGGAGUUAAAUGUUAAUGAGCUUCAGGUAUUUGGUUCACUAAUCGAGGGAAAUAGCGGAAAUCCAUUUGACUUUAACGAAUUUGUGCAAAAUACUUUAAAAACUGCAGGACCUCAUAUAAUAUCCGGAAAUUGGUCAAUACUAGAAGCCAUAGUGCAAGGAAAUCUAAAUGGAGUUUUAAUAAAUCAAUUGAAUUUAGUAGAUGAUAUAGUGCACAUAAUAAAACCUGCUGAAGCUUAUCAAUUAAAAGCUCCCAAAAGUUUUCAAAAUGCACAUAUAGUAAAUCUAUAUGCAGAUUCUUUAAGUUCAGUUAACAAAAUACCAGUAGCAAAUUGGAUUAAAAAUGCAAUUUAUCUAUAUGAAAAUUAUACUGUCAAUGGUGUGACUACCAUAGAUUCCCUAAAUGUUUACAAUAACCUAAUAGUGCUGGGAAAAUUAAAUAAUGUUACAUACAAUGAGCACACACUCCUGCUGCAAAAUAUAAAUCAACAUAUACCGGGAAAUAUGAAAAUAGUUAGCCAUUUAGCCGCAGAGAAACGUUUCCUAACCAACAACAUAGAACAUUUAUAUGCAGACUAUAUAAAUAGCCAGCAUAUGUCAACUUUUAUAGAAAAUCUAGUUCCUGCCACUACAACUGCGGAAAUAAAGAGUAAUUUAAUAUUUAAACAUGCCUUAAAGGUGGAAAAAUAUGAAGGUCCAGAAGGAUUUCUAACACAAAACCAAUGGACUAAACGUAAUAUAAAUGAACAUGUACAACUUAAUAGAGACAAUAUCGAAAAAACUGAUGAAAUGCUUAAAGAAUUUGCUAAAGUUAAGGAUUAUUUAAAAAAUAUAACCAAAAAUCAUGUUUAUAAACUGGAUCAUUUUGAUGUGAUACAAACUAUUGGGUUUAUGUCAUCUGAAGUUAUUAAGUUAAGCCUUAAUUUUGAUUCUUCCAUCGUUGAUAUUUUGGCCGUUUUUGAUAUGCACGAAAAAAAUGUUUCUAUUUAUGAGUGGAUACCAAAAAAGAAACAAUUUCUAGGAACUAAUGCUCUUAGAAUACCCACUUCCAAUUUGGCGGCCGAGCGAGGGCGUAAACGAUUCAUGACAUUGGCAACAUAUAGACCCAAGGCUUCAUGUCGCGAAGAAUUGCAUAGAUUUUUGAAGAAUGUUGGUGGCAAUGAGUUGUCGAAAUUGCCAAGAUUGAUUAUCUCUGAUGUGUUGGCCACUUUACCGGUGAGGGUAGCGCCGUUAACACCGGUAUUGGCAUCAAAAAUAAUAUCAUUGCGAAAAUCAAUGUCUUCUAUACGGGGUGAAAAACCGUUGGUAGAAGCGGUUGAAGCUACUGUGGCAGCGGUAGAUGAUGAAGGACCACCUCCUCCGGUGGAUAUGAGGCCGUUAACAAGGCCCGUACCCGAAGGAUUAGCUGGAAUUGUAAUAAGAUUAAUGCCCGAGGUGUUUGAAGCAUUUGUGACAUUAGAGGCCGCAGAUUGCUCCAUACUCUUGGCUGCAGCUUCCUCUGGUGUUAAGCCCACACGUAAAAAUUCAACUGCCAAUAGUGAUGAUUAUAAUUGGCUGCCUCAUGAUCCAUUGUCUUUAAAAAUAAUACAAACAAGAUUUGAAAUUUUUGAGCAACCCAUAAAUGUAGAACAUUUAAAACUGUUUAUACUUAAAGAUCUUAAAAACAUUCACCAAGUUCUUACCAACGCCUACAGUAGUAAUUAUUUUGAAUUUUCAAAUCAAAACUGUAUGAUAUAUUGUUUAAAUACCCGAAAUUCGGAAAAAAUAAUAAAUUUACCUCAUAAAACACCACAGAUUUUAAGCUUAAAUGAAAAAUCUCUGGCUCUGCUUACCAAUAGCUCGGUGUUAAUUUAUGACACCAGCUACAAGCCAGCCAAAAUCUCGCAAAAAUUAGCCACAGCCAAUCCAAAACAAAUGGCCUUAGGAACCUUUAAAAAUAAUCAAUUCUUGGCAGUUUUGAAUAAUGGCCAAUCAGAUACUUUAAAUCAUGGCUUUGUAGAAAUUUAUAGAUCGGUGAAUUCUUCUGAUUUUAAACUGUUUCAAUCAUUGCAAUGUUUCCAACCAGUAAAAAUUAAAUUUUCAUAUAUUGAAAGAUCAAAUGAUUUUCUUAUACACAUCUUAACUGGAUCAUUUGUUAAACCUUAUUUAAUUUAUCAAUAUCAGGGAGUUAUGGGUUUCCAAGAAGUAUUAUCGGAAUCUAUACUGCCAACGAAUUCUGUGAAUUUUUACAUGUUAAACCUGUACUCAAGCAACCAGUAUUUAGUGGCUUUAAUCGGCCGAGAUGAAGUUACUUUGAUGGAAAUUGCUUUAAAUCAAAUUUUAUAA